UUAAUAUACUAAUCAAACUGAGAAAAUGAAGGAUAUUAGAUUGCUAUGGGAACUAAAGCUUCAAUUUUAAAUACAAAGAAAAGUCAAGGUGAACCAAAGAAAGAUGUAAAUAAAAAUAUAAGAGGAGAUUUAGCUAAGAAAUAUGAAUCUCAGACACAGAGGCAGACGAAAAUGAUGGACAUGCAACGGAAGUUGGCUAAGAAGGCGGAGCAAUAUAGUGAGAGAAUGUUAGAAGAAAAAGACAGAUUAUCAAUACAUACUAGAUCUCUAACCACUUCUCAGACAACAUCAAGAACAACAUCACCCAAUAUUUCUAAAAAGCAUGUACAUUUCCAGGAAAAUAUAGUCAAUUAUUGUGAUAAUGAUAAAGAUAAGAAAGAAGACAUAAACACAACGAAUGUUAUCAAAGAUAAUUUACAGACUAUUAAUGAAAAGAAAGAAUUUAUUGGAAUUCCUGUUGAAUCCAAAGAUUCCUGAUAUCUUGGUGAUAUUUUCAUGAAGUGCAUCAGAAUUUAACUGACUUUUAAGUGACACAGUUCUUAUUCCGUAUAGCAGUAAAAAAAAAUGCAAAUGCUUGGAAUAAAAGUAUUAUUUUGAUAUAAAUAAAAAAAAAACAUCAGAUUAAAUGCCGAAAACUUUUGUUGAAGUUUAGUGCAAUAAUUUAAUGUUACGAACGACAUGCAUGCUUGUAAUGUUGAUUGUGUGUUACAAUAACCACCGGGAAGCGGGUUGCAUAUAAUGACAAAUUCAGUCUGGAUGGUUAUAUUCUUUGGUAAAACAUUUAUCUACAGGGACAGUUUACUUAGAAUAAGUCAUAGUCGUGGCAUUGUUCAGCAUGGAAAGUCAGGUGACAUCUAAAUUCUUGUAUUUC